UAGUGCAGAGACAAAUGAGCCUAAGCAACAUUCAGCAUGUCCUUAAAAGGUAUUUGUAGCUCAGGCAGGGCAGCUUUUGGUUGUCAACUCAAAAAGGGAGUGAAAGUGGGUUCUCAGAUGCACACAUUUAGACAGAAGAACUGGAUGAGACCAACUGGAGUGAAGAGUCAGCGGCAGGGUUCUGACAGCGGCGCACGGUGCGAGGAUCCCUCUGACGUCACGGGAGCACCAUCACAUGAGCCCAUAAUGCUGGCAAUAAGGAGAGGUGAUGUACAGACAGUGACUGAACUUGCAACAUCAAUAUCAUGCAUCAAAACCCACAGUGCAGAAGAAGACUGGACAGCCCUACAUGAAGCAGCAUACCAUGGGAAAGCUGCCUGUUUAAAAGCUCUGCUUAAAGGUAAACCCACUUCAGUAGAUAAGCGCACUCUCCAGGAGCAAACUGCUCUUCUAAUUGCAACUAAUGGGAAGCACCUGGACUGUGUGAGGUGUCUUCUGGAGGCAGGUGCAGACCCAGAUAUCAGCAAUAAAAACAAAGAGACACCACUUUAUAAAGCUUGUGAAAAAGAGAGCAUUGAUAUAGUGAAGGUGAUCCUGGCAUUUGGAGGUUCAGUAAACCAGCGCUGCCAUCGUGGCUGGACCGCUCUCCAUGAAGCAGCGACACGGGGAAACACACAGCUCUGUGAGAUUCUCCUACAAGCCAGAGCUGUCAUUGAUGCCACCAAUGCUUAUGGCAUCACGCCACUCAUACAGGCAGCUCGGCAUGGGCGGACAAAUAUUGUGAACUUCCUCAUUAGUAAAGGUGCUGGUGUGAACCUACAAUCAUGUGAAGGGACUACGGCUCUAAGUGAAGCCUGUAAACAUGGCCAUACAGACACAGUGGAGUUUUUGCUCAGACACCAUGCAGAUGCAAACAAAGGCUCCAAAACUGGACUUCUGCCUGUGCACUUUGCUGCCCAGCAUGGCCAUGAAGAGAUUGUGUCCUUACUGCUGCCUGUCACUAGCCGUUCAAAGUUACGACAAAGUGGCAUCACUCCUCUUCAUCUAGCAGCUGAGUUCAACAAGGAAAAUGUUGUAAAAUUUUUGAUUAAGUCAGGCUGUGAUGUGAACGCAAUGCUGUCCCGUGAACGCUCAUCCAUGUUUCAUGAUCACCGCAGCACAUCUCUGUACUGUGCUGUUACAGCUGGUAAUGGAGGAGUUGUGGACUUGUUGCUCAAAGCUGGUGCAAACCCCAACUUGGACCUCAGCCCACUUCUAGUCGCCCUACGCAAAGGCUGUUUUAGGACUAUAUCCACACUGGUGAAACAUGGUGCAGAUGUUAAUGCUCAUGUACCAGCUCAUCCCACUGAUUUUCCAGGAGUGCUGUUGUAUACCCAUAGCAUGGAGAUUUUACAGUAUUUGCUGGACAAUGGAUGUGAGGCACAGGAGUGUUUCAGGUGUGACCAUACAGACACCAGGCAAACUUCAAGCCAAAGCAGAAGUGAGGACACUGGCCAGAGGACUCACUCAAUAAUGGGAGAAAUAUUUCCAUCGCAAACAGUUUGUACAGAAUCAACAAUCAGAAAUCUUCAGUUUUGUGAGUGGAUUUCCUCUGUGAGCCAUAUGGCUGCACCUUUGAUCAGCUUGCUGCUAGAUUAUGUUGGAAAUGUCCGAUUGUGUUGUAGAGUCAUUGAACAAUUAAAAAGCAAAGAAGAGUGGGCUGCAAUUAAGGUAAAAGCAUCAUCUCCUCGUCCACUGAUGCAUCUGUGCAGACUGAAGGUUCGUGAGCAAGUUGGUGCCCAAAGACUGACAUUUUUAAAUACUCUUCCACUACCAGGCAGAUUGCUCCACUAUCUGUACUGUUCACAGGACAGCAAUACUGAAUAUACAGUCCUUAACCUCGGGUGAACUCAAACAUAAUUUGCAAGUUACUUGAGAUUUCUAAUUCAACUUUGUGAGAAGUUUGUAUCAAUCAUGCCUUUACAUGGUUGUGCACAGUUUAUCUAUUUAUAAGAAGAGAAGAGAGAGAACAUUUUAGGUACUUCUAAUUUAUGAUGGUGUAAUAUACAAUUGAAAGUAACCAUUAUCCACAACAAACACAAAGUGACAAUUAUUUACAUACUUUGUACUCAUUACACUGGAACAGAGAAGCUGAACAAGCUUCAUGUGGGUUGUGACUGAAAUAUGUACACGUAAUGUAAAUUUUCUUUACUGAAAGUUUUGUUUUUAACAUGUGAUACGUCUGUGGUCAGGGGUUGGUAGUUUUUAUCAUAUCAUAGGCCCUACUUCAAGCCAAAAUGUUCUUUCUCAGUGAAGUGCAUUAAUUAUACAGGAGGAAUGAAAAGAAGCCUGCUUGCUCUGAAAUGUUAAUAUGAAUAUAUUUGUGUGGAAGUUCUGUGCUGGUAAGGUAUAACAUGACUACAAUGUAAGAUGUGUGAAGAGGAUGUACAUGAAGCCAAACAAUGAACUGUGAAAAAAAACAUUGGUAUUAAAAUAAUAUUUUUAA